AUGGAGCAUGCCCGGCGCCCGGAAGCCCUUCUGCGCCUCUGUGGACCCCGCCUGCUCGGACCCUGCUUCUUCACCCUGGAAGCGGGCGGGCUCGCGGGGAAGGGUGUGCGCCUCUGCCCUGAGUGGGGGUCUUUGCGUCCCCCUCCCAGCCCUGUGUCUCGUCUGUCCUGGCGGGGUGACCGGAGGCGCCCUGGGGGGCUGUUAGAGACGGCCACACUCCUCCUGGAGAAGGAGCCCCGCAUUGGCCCCGGGGCAUCUGCAGCACUGCAGCUCCCUCGGAAGCCAGGUGGUGAGUCCCCACUGUGCUCAAGCCCACCUGGAACAGCGAGAACCUGGCAGAGGCCGGGACUUGGACGGACUCCUAGCUGCAGGGAAUGCGUGUCUGAGUUCCCACCGCAGGGGCUGAGGGCUCGGCCAGGCUGUCUGUCUGGUGUGUGCUGGGCUCUGGAUGGCAGGAGGGGCUCCCCGGGCCAGCUGGCGGCCCCGGCCACUGUUCUGAGGCGACAUCAUCCUCGGAUUUUUCCCUCCUGGAGUUUGGUGAAUGCAUCCUUGUCACAGGUGAAGUGCUACCACAAGAGAUACCGCUUGGCCACCCGCGACGUCGUCUUCCACCUGCAGUUCCACACGGGCACCAUCCAGGGCUAUGGCCUCGUGUUUGGAAAGGAGGACCUGGACAAUGCCUGCAAAGGCCCCGCACCGGGGAUCGCUCGCCACGUGCCGCAGGCCUCCCGUCCGCAGGGUCACGCGGGAGAACCUCCAGGUCUGCUCUGGGUUAGCUGCGGAGGCCCGGGCACAGAAUCCCCCCGUGCAGCAUUGGGAGGCCGGAGGCCCUUCGGAGCAUGGUGCCCAGAGCCCCCCGUCGGCCGCACAGACCCCGCCGUUGCAGGGGAGCUCAGCUGUCAUCGCCUGCCCGCGUGGGCUGCAUGGUCGGGCCCCGCCGCUGGGACCCGGGGACAGGGCAGCGUUCCCAGCGUGAGCGCCCAGAGGCCGUCUGCAGUGGCACCACCGAGACCUGAGGCCCGCUGGCAACCCUGCCACAGACUCCUGGCGGCCAUCCCAGUGCGUGUGUGACGCCCCCGCUGCAGGAGGAAAGCACG